AAUAUUCAAUUAAGUGUUUGAAACACUAACUAUAGUAUAUCUCGCGGACUCAUUGUAUCAAUAUAGUGUUUUAGGAAUUUAGGAUAUUUUUUUUAGUUCUUUUGUGAUUAUAAUUGACAUGUGGUGGGUUAGUUGGUAAAAAUUGCUGAAUUGCUGUAAAAAUGUGUCUCCAUUUUGUUUAUUAAAAACGCGCGCGCUUUGUUAAUGGUAUGGUAUGUCAACAUUUUAUUUGAGUGUAUAAUUUUUUAGACAAAGUGGUUGAUAUUAGCGCGCGUGCAUCAAGUUUUGUCCUGCUUUAAAAGGAAAUAUUCACAGUUCUUUACACCAUUGCAAGAUUUCGGCAUUUUUGCAUUUAAGGUUAGAGUUGCUACACAAAGGUCACAAAGUUAAAAAACCAAAAAAUGAGCAAAAGCAGAAAAACCUCUCCAGACCCUGAUGAACCUAUAGAGGAAUACACUGUUGAAAAAAUUAUAGACAGCAGAAUUAAUGCCUCAGGGGUAAAAGAAUAUCUGUUGAAAUGGAUUGGAUACGAUCAUAAAGACAAUACUUGGGAACCUGAAGGACAUUUGGACUGCCCCAGCCUCAUUAAAGAAUAUGAAAUGAACAAGGAGAAAGAAAAGAGUAAAAAUAAGAAAAAAGUGGAAGAAAAACGUGGGAAAGAUGAUAAAAAAACCCAUGGAUUUGACAGAGGUCUAGAACCUGAAAAAAUUAUUGGUGCUACAGAUACGUCAGGUUCACUGAUGUUUUUGAUGAAAUGGGUCGGUACUGACGAGGCCGACCUCGUACCAGCAAAGCAAGCAAACGUCAAAUGUCCACAGGUAGUAAUUAAGUUUUAUGAAGAGCGACUAACUUGGUCUGCCCCACCAUCAGAAGAUUACCGAAAUUAAAAGUCGUGUAUUCUUAAUUUUAAGCAUAGUAUGUAACUUAGUUUCUCCGUUUUUUACUUUUUUUAUUGAUCUUGCCUUUUUAAUAAGGUAAAACUUAAUUUUAACGUGGGAUUAUUGAACAAAAAAGUGUUGAUUUUUAUUACAUUAUAGAGUUUAUAAUAUGCUUUAUUAGGUUUAUAACUUUGGGAAGAUGGAAGUUUUUGAAUAUAUUGGGACCAUCAAAUUUUGGUUGACAUACAUUACACUUAGUUCAGUCACAUUUGAUUAGUCAUCGGGACGCCAUGUUUCUAAUCAAAUGACAUAAACAAAAAAAAAAACAUGUACAGUAGAAUACCCCGGUUAUCCGUGCUCCAUGGGACCAACACGGCACUGAUAAUAGUUGAAAAAUUUAUUUUUUAUAUAUGAUACAUAUCGCACUUUGAAAACCAUAGGGCAGUAACUGCAAAAAUCAUAAUAUUGAGUUAUGAGCAUUUUAAGUUUUUGUAAAGUUAAUUUUAUUUACUGUAAUUCCAAAAAUUAAGCUGUAAACCUGGUAUUUGGCACAAUUGUCUUUAAUUUUACAUAUUUUUAUAUGAAUUAAAAAGUACGUAAAAUUUCCCCCAGGAAAUAGGUAUUUUAGCACAUACGGCCAUAUGGUAUUAAAAAAUAUAUCAAUUUUCGCACAUGGUAGAGUAAAAAUUCAUAUAAAAUAACAGUUUUUUUAUUGAUUGUACUUAUUUAUUACAAAUUUUUAGUGUUAACACUUAAUCAAAGUCUUGCAUAUUAUAAUCUGUCGCUUAUAUAAUGUCUGUCGGUUAUAAUUCGCUUUUCUUUUGGGAUCUGCAGUACGACGUUGUAUAUCAAUUUGUUAUAGUCUUGUCGCUUAUUUCCAGUGUUGCAAUCAAAUCUCUAUGCAGCACUCUGUUUUGUUGCAUUCAAAGGAUGUUUCCUUAGUAGAUCUUGCUUUCAUUUUACGAGCGUGGGUCACAUUUUGCACAUAUUGCCAUAUAGAUCUGGGGUUUUUUUUUCCAAUUUUAGAACCGUAGAGCAUCAACUACUGCAGAUAAUGCCUGAUGGUAUAAAAAGAAGAACCGAUUUUUGACAAAAGCCAUAGGGAUGUAUCUUUCUGGUGCCGAACUUAAAAUUUUUUGCAGACGCUGCUAUAUAGCAUUAAAAAAUAGAUUUUUUUUCCUAUUAGACUGCAUUCAAAGGUCAUUUCAUGAAAAAAUUGCAGAUAUUGCCAUAUGGUUUUCAAGGUGCGAUAUGUACACACAUAAUGUGCCUACUAUAACAAGAUAAAGAAAAAGAAAAUCUCAUAAGUUUAAAACUCAUAGUUCAAUCUUCUGAUGUAUUCUAUGCAAGUUCAAACCGCAAGAUUGACAAGUUCUGAAGGUUCUCGUUGCUCAAGCCUAUCUCAAGUCAUUAUUAGUUCUCUUUUGAUUAAUACCGUUCCAUCAUUUUCUUCGUCUUUAUUCUCAUUUUCAAAUGAAUCAGUUUUAAAGGUUCUUUUAUUUUCAAGUGUUCAAGUUGUUAUUUCUGCAGAAACCACUUGGUUUUAUUAAAGUGCUUUAUCGAGUUAUUAAAAAGUCAAUCGUUCCAAUGAUUUUCUUGCAGAUAUGUUGAGAGUAGAGUUCGACCUGAACAUGGAAUUUUGUAUUGUUUGCUUAACAACCUCAUAGAUUCAUGAUAAUAAUGCAACACGUUCACCUUUCUACUUCUGUUUAAAAUCUGUAAUGUUUGUUCAAUAUUUAAAGCAUUUCUCUUGCGAUUACCACUGGUUAUUGUCAGUUACUGGUAAAGACACGUAUUAGACACGCUAAGAAUAUAGCAGAGUAGUUAAUCUUCUCUAGCGCGCAACUAAAUCUCACACAUACGGAGUAGCACGCAGCAGCGUAUGAUUUACAGGGAUUCCCAGAGCACUUGCUAUCGGUAUUGCGUUAUUAUGGACCUCCCUCACGUCGUAUACAGUCCCUGCUCAAUUUAAUAGACUCGCCCGAGAAAUAUCAGUUUUUUAUCUUCAAAGUCAUAUGGAACUGCUAAAUGGGUUAUAUAACGAUUACUUAAUAAUCAUGCUACAUAAUUAAGCUAAGAUAGUGAAUUUUUUUUUAUUGAAUUGAUAAAACUUAACAGAUGGCAAUAGAAUGUGCUAAAAGAGUGCACUGAGUCGACUUUUUCAAAUUUAGUUUUUUAGUUAAAUUAGUGGUUGUUGUUCGAUUUUCGUAAAAUUUGCAGUAGUGUUAAUAUUGUUCUAUGUGAACGUUAGUUUUUAAUUAUAUUUUUAUAUUUUUAAUUAUAUUAAUAUGUUAAUUUCUAAAUGUUGAAUAUCUUCGAUUGGAAUUUUUUCAUAUGGGCGAUUGUAAAAAUCUUCUUGUGGAGAAAAUCUCUUCUGUUACUGCUCUUUUAGAAAAUAUCGCAUGUUGUCAAAAAGAAAUAGCAAAAAAAAUGCAGUGUAUCUUAAUCUUUAUUUCGAAGGUUGAGUCAAAAACCUAAAGGGAAACAUCAUAUUACAUCGAUUUGGAGGGGUUGGCAUGGCAGAAAGAUUUCAGUCACUUCCAGAGGGCAACGAUUCUUAAUACAUUUUUCUGUAGAACACAGAAGAGUCACCCAUAGUGAUAUAAGGAAUGAAUUGAAAAAAUCAGAGUGUUCAGUAUCGGACUCCACUGUACGCCAAAAUUUGUACAGUAUGGGAUUCAAAUGUCAUAGGCCAGUUAAGUAACAAACCAAACAACCAAAUAUCACCACAAAUGUUCAAAAAGGCUUAGUUUGGACCAAUUUGCAUUAAUAUUUUAUAGUCAUAUAAUAUUUAUGCGAAUUGGCCGAAACUAAGCGUUUUUUGAGCAUUUGUGGUGACGGUUUUGGUUUCUUAACUGGCCUAUGACAUUUGAAUCCCAUACUGUACAAAUUUUGGCGUACAGUGAACUCCGAUACUGAACACUCUGCUUCUUCCAAUGUAUUCCUUAUAUCGCUAUGGGCGACUCUCAGUGUUCUACAGAAAAAUUCAUUAAGAAUCGUUGCCCUCUGGGAGUUACUGAAAUCUUUCUGCCAUGCCAACCACUCCAAAUCCAUGUAACAUGAUAUUUCCCUUUAGGUUUUUGACUCAACCUUAGAAAUAAAGAUUAAGCUACACUGCAUUUUUUUUAUAUUUCUUUUUGAUAACAUGCGAUAUUUUCUAAAAGAGCAGUAAUAGAACAACAAAAAGAUUUUUACAAUCACCCAUAUGAAAAAAUUCCAAUCGAAGAUAUUCAACAUUUAGAAACUAACAUAUUUCUAUUAAUAUCUUAAAAUAAAUUAAAUAAAUUAAAAACUACCGUUCACAUAGAACAAUAUUAACACUCACCACUGCAAAUUUUACGAAAAUUGAACAACAAUCACUAAUUUAACUAAAAAACUAAAUUUGAAAAAAGUCGACUCACUGCAACAGACAUUCUAUUGCCAUCUGUUAAGUUUUCUCAAUUCAAUAAAAAAAUUUCACUAUUUUAGCUUAAUUAUAUAGCAUGAUUAUUAAGUAAUCGUUAUUUAACCCAUUUAACAGUUCUGUAUGAUUUUGAAGAUACUUUACAGGUGCUUGAAAUUAAAAAACUGAUAUUUCUCGGGUGUCUAAUAAAUUGAAUAGGGUCUUUAGAGUUUCCGUCGAGUAAUUUACGGUGACGCUAUUUCGAUAAAACCUCAAAAAUGCAAUUUCAGUAACGGAAAAUCAUAGAACGGAUAAUCCGCGCACGGAUAAUCGGGGUCCUACUGUAUUAUUCAUUGUUAAUGAAAACGGGAUGGUUCCCGGGAGUUCGCUGUAUACAUUAUAGUUAAGUAACAUCGAAGUAAAAACUCCUGUUGUAUUUGGUUUAAUUUUAAUCAGGAAUUAAAAUUGAAAAAUCCAAAGGGGUUACAUAAGUUUCAGAACGAACAUUUUCAGACUUAUAAGUCCAUCUUCAAUUAACUUUGUACUUGCUAAAUAUCCUCAAAACCAAACAGGCUGUGGUUGAAUUUAGUUGAAUUGAAAAGUUACAUUAUAAAAUUGUAAAAAUAAAACGACUUAUAGCUGAUAAAAGUUUAUAACUUUCCGGGAACAUAAUAGUCCCUACUCGAAAAGGAGGUCACAUAUACGAGUAUGUAUUGGUCUGUGUUCGCCAAUUAGUUGGGAACUGGGGAAAAAAGGAGUUUUUACUUUGAUGUUAAAAGUUAUAUGCAUUGUACAAUUUACAAUAAACAAAUUAAACUGCCAUUGCAUAUGUGCUUGCAACUGUUUCUGUUAAUUUAUUUGUUAUACAUUAUUGAAAUCAACUAUCACACUGAUUCAAAAAUUACUUUGGUGAGGAAAGGAGUUUAAAAAAAAGAGUUAUUUAUGAAGUAAAUUCGUGACAUGCUUCCACGUGAAAACAAACUUUUUGAAUCAUUCAAAUAAAAGUACCACUUGUUAUAAUCUGUAUAUUAAAUCAGAUUUGAUUGGUAUACUUACUUACUUAUUCCUCUUCACUCCAUGCGGAGCAUAGGGCGUCAACUGUCUGCCUCCAUUCUGUCCUAUCCUUUCCACUAAUCUUUAUUUCUGCCCAAGUUUUCCCAAUAGCAUUAAUUUCUUUCUCCAUACUUCUUUUCCACGGGUCUACCUGGUCUUCCCUUGCCAUGUGGUGUGUAUUCUAGGGUUUGUCUCGCUAUGUCUGUGUCAGGUCUCCUUAGUGUGUGCCCCAUCCAACUCGAUUUCCUUUUGCAUAUUGUCUUGGAUAUAGGUUCCUGGUUAGUUCUUGUCCAUAACUCUUGGUUUGAUAUGCGGUUUGGCCAGUAAAUGUUAAGAAUCUUCCUUAGGCAUUUAUUUAUGAACACUUGCAUCUGUCUGAUACAUUUUCUUGGCACUUUCCAUGUUUCUGUUCCGUAUAGUAACACAGUCUUCACGUUGCUGUUGAAAAUUCUUAUCCUGGUUUUACUUGUCAUCUGACGUGAUGACCACAUUUUCCUUAGCAUAUUGAAUGCGUUUUGAGCUAUUCCUAUUCUCCGUUUUACAUCCUCCUUUGUCCCUCCUUUGUUGUUCAAAAUACUGCCCAAAUAGUUAAAUUUCUCUACCGUUUCUAAUUCCGUGCCUCCCAGUGAUAUUCCCAUUUCUCUUGGUGUAUUUAUUUUCAUUAUCAUAAUGAAAAUGAAAAAAUAAUGAAAAUUUGAUUGGUAUAGUAGACUCCAAAUUCAGCUAGGUCAGGAAUGGCGAACCUUUUUUAUGUGAGUACGAUAAAGCCAUAGAAAUUCCUCUUUAAAUAGAUAACGUAGUCGAGAAGUCCAUAGAAAACCUCUUUUCCUAUACUUUGUGGAUCUCUCAAAAGCGUUUGAAAGAGUCCAACUGAAAGACAUGAAGCAGAAAAACGUCAAUAAAAACACAGCAAGAAUCAGGGAGCUUAACAGUUGCCAUAAAACAAGAAUAUAAUCAACAUGGACUGACAGAAGAAAUAGAACGUGUGGGCAGGAAUCAAACAGGGAGAUCACCUCAGUACGACUCUCUUUAACAGGAUCACGGACAAGAUAAUAGAAAGCGCAAAUGAAACCAACAUCGACUACAAAAUGGCCAAUGACCUCCAACGCCUAUUUUACAGAUUCAAUAUAACAACACAUAAGUUAGACAUGUUAAUAUCUCACGAAAAAUAUGACGGAAUGCAUUAACUAAGUCUACUAAAACUUCUAAAGAAUAAUUGAAAGUAAAUGACUGAAACUUCAUAUUAUCAUUUUUGUAGAGUAGUAAUAUCACUAAUUUUGAUUUGACUAGCACUUUUCGUUCAUUAUCUCUCAGUGUUUCAUCGAAUAUAUCGCAGUGAUCAAGUAUUCUUAUUAAAAGAAACAUCUUAACAUCAGUGGCGUGCUGGCCAUAUAAAUGAAACGGUGCAAUCACCGAGAGGCUGCGGCCUCUUGAGGCCGGCCAAAUAAAUUUUUGUUUCAUAAAAAUUUCUAGAUCUGAUGUAACAACAAUUUUUUUUAAUUUCGAAUCGACUGAUGUUAACAAAACAUUUCACAAAAAUUUAAAUCUUUUUUGAUUGUAAAAUACAGUUUAAGUAAAUUAAUAAGACUCUAUGUACAUAAAUGAUUGCUACAGAUAAAUAAGCAUUUAUUAACUCUCUCAGUGACACGAGUAUCUUGUGAAAGAAGCUUUUCAACGUUGAAAUACAUAAAAAAUAGGAUAAGAAUUACUUUAACACAAGAUCACUUAGAAACAUUUGUGCUAAUGGCUAGAGAAAAAGACUGAGCUGUAUGAGCUUAAAAAUAAUGAAAUAAUCGACGAAUUUGCUCAAAAAUCUUCUUUAAGGGCGUAGGCGCAAAAUUUUGCGCAAUGUGUUUUAAAAACAUUUAUUUUUUUCGAAUCCUGAGAAAACUAAUAAGUAUUUUUGAAAAAUUAAACGCAGAUUGAAAUAUUGCAUUAUUACCGAGGGCCGAAAGUCCCUGCAAACUUCUAUAAUGUUUAUUUUAAUAAGUUACAGGGGUAAAAAAAGAGAAAAUUUAGUGUGAUUUUAAAUUUCAAAUAUCUCAUUCAAAAGAAACUUUUUGGUUAUUCUAAGGGACUUUAGGCACUCGGUAAUAAUGUAAUCUUUCAUUAUUCGUUUAAAUUUUUCAAAAAUACUUAUUAGUUUCCUCAGGAUUUGAAAAAAAAAUGAAUGAUUUUAAAACACAUUGGCGCGAAAUUUUGCGGCUACGACCUUAAUGCGGAAAUUAUUGAAUGAGAGUUAAUUAUUGUAUAAAAUAAUUGCAAAGUAAUGUUUAGAAUAAUGCGUUGUAUUAACAUUUAAAUAUUGUUAAAUUAAAGUAUUUGUACUGUACUUGUAUUUGUACCCUCUUGUAUAAUUAUUAUUGAUUUACUAAAAUUCAACUUGAUACAUAAUUGAAAAAUUCUCAAAAUUUAAUUUUAUUUUCAUCUUUUAAUCACAUUAAAUUUAUAUAUAUUUAUUCAGGAAAUUAUGGUUUCUGCCUUACUGCAAACAACGUUGUCAUACAUGUGAUAAUAUUUAUUAUUUGUAAGAUUGCUUAUUCUUAAAUAAUAAAACAGCAAAUUUGAAACAAUUUCAUUGAAUUUAAAGUUUAAUGUUUGAUUUAAAAAUAAUUUAUAUUUUUGUUUUAUAAUAACGAUUAAAAAAUCCUGAAAAUAGAAGGUAAAAUGAGGAUGGAAGGCCGCUUUUCUAUAAAAUCACCGGGCCGCUUGAAAAGUUCCAGCACGCCACUGCUUAACAUUAAGGAGAAACAGCAAAAUUGUAAUCUAAAAUUAUUCAAAAUGUCAAGAUAACUGUUAGCACUGUAAGUCGAGAAUGGCACUGUGUGAUUGGCAUCUAAAGAAGUUAUUAUUGAAGGUAUGUUUAAACCUUAAACGGAAUAAGCAGGUUUUUCAGAAUUAAGCGUUAAGACCUUAAGCGUCAUUAGGUUUUAUAUCAUACAUUCUAUCACCACCUAAUAACAGCAAUAACAUCUAAAUUUAAGCCAUAUAUAUUUUAUUAUUAAUAUUAAAUCACCUUAGUUUAAUUUUGUCAAUUUCAAAAACAAUAUAAAGUUGCAAUAAUAUGAAUCUAUUAUAUUUUUUAUUCUUAAGACCUAUUGCUCAGAUUUUGUACAGAAAAAUAUCUGAUCCUUUGUAUAUUAAUAAUAAGUAGGCGGACUUUUGUAUAAAAUUCAAAAAAUUGUAAAAUUUUCUAAUGACAUUGGUAGAGUAAAAUAUAAAUACGCACUAUAUUUCUCUACUCUUUAAUCUAAUCGUAUUUUAUACAGAAUUCUGUUAAUAAAUGUUCAUAACAAAUAA